GCCUGCUUGCCAUUCGCAGUUCCAUCGCUUGGUGGGCCUGUCACUUUUUGCCACCGGCUUCAGCCGACACAUUCGGCGGAAGGCUCGCAAGGCCGCACGCGUGCCUCGUCGGGAGACGGCGACUUGGCCCUCCGGCGAGGGAUGUGAAGUGGACGUGAGCGAGGAGCUGCUGGGGAAAGCCGCCAGCCAAGUUCAGCAAAAGUCCGUUGCCUUGAUCCUGAAUCGCAACGCCAAGGGCGUGACGCGGAAAGUGGAGCACAAGCUGAAGGACAUUGUCGGCGCCGGGCGGACUUUUGUUUGCUGCUCGGAGCAGGAUGCUGAGGAUGCGCUCAAAGAGGUCAUGGUCGACAAGGCCUGCAAGGUCGUCGUCUGUGGUGGCGGUGACGGCACAGUUACCAGCUUGCUGAACCUCAUCGGGAAAGUGCGUGAGGCUGUCCCGGAUGCGGUGUCCCCGACAAUGUGCGUUCUUCGUCUGGGCACGGGCAACGCUUUAGCUUACGUCACAGGCGCUCAGAAAAACUUCUUGGGCGACCUCGACCAUCUCGUCCAGGAGCUGUCGGACGAGAAAAAACCGGUCCCUGAAAUCCCGACGAGCACGAUCACGGUGAUUCCAGAGGGCUUGCCGGAUGACCAGCCGGAAUCGAUCAACUGCUUCUUUGCUGGCCUUGGCUACGAUGCACGCAUGCUGCAGGACUACAUGUGGCUCCGCGACAAAACCAAGGACAGCACGGUACUUCGCAAGCUUGUUCACAACCCCUUCGGCUACGUAGUGGCCUUGCUGAUGCGGACCCUGCCGGCCACCAUGCGUGGGGAGCAUGUCUUUCACGUCAAGGUCACCAAUCUUGCGGACAAGGCCUACUACAUGGACUCUCGUCGCGGCGAUUGGGCCUUGAAGCAUGAGAAGGAUGCCGUCAUCUACGAAGGAGAUGUUGGCAUCGUCAGCGUGGGUACCGUUCCUUUUUAUGGAGGUGGCUUCCGACUCUUUCCCUUUGCGGGCAUGCGCCCGGGCUAUGCGCACCUGCGCCUUUCCCACAUCCACCCAGCAGUGGCGACCUUCAACAUCCGCCACCUGUGGCAGGGCACCUACCGUGACCACGCGCACGUGCACGACUUCUUGGUGAAGGAUGUGAUGCUGGAGGUCGGAGUUCUCUGCUUGUAA